UCCUGCAUACCAAACACUACCUAAAAAAGAACACGCAUCUCCUUUCUUUCUCAACUCCACUUCGCUACACACUCUCCCUCACAAUCCAGGCUUCGCAACUUCGCAUCAACCGUCCCUUGUUUCGCCGGCGGCCACCUUCUUGUUCCGUCCGGCCUUCUCGCUCCGGCCAAGCCCUCGUUCCACUCGCAACGAGCCUCCAUCGUCUCCUCCUUCUAAGGAAAUUGUUGAUGCAGGGGAUGAGGAAGUUGUUUGGUGUUUUAGGUUGCAGUUUUUCAUCUCUAAUAAAGAACCAAUCGAUCAAAAUCUCCACCAAGACAACUCAUAUCAGGAGGCUAUCAGCCAAGUCCACCGGAGACGAAUGGAACGACGCGUGGGAAACAGCAUGGCUCCCUGAUGAUUUAUCGGCCAAAAAUCGAGCACCAUGGGAAACAGAUGUCAAUUUUUCCAUUACCUCUGAUACACCACCCGAUAUGGAUACCGAUACAAAGGCGUUUGUGGAAGAGAUGGCUGAUAAUUGGGAGCAGAGGAGAAAAAAAAGUAAGCGAAAUGAAGAAGAAGAAAGGCUGAUGAAGUUAAAAGAAGAAGGGAAAUCCAUCUACAGUUUGGAGAGUGUGAAGAGGGAUUACAGAGUUAAGAAACAAAGGCUCCAUGCUGGUUUAUGGGUUAAGGAGAUUGAGAAGAUGGAAGAGGCCAAAUUGGCUGAUUCUGCAGCUGAUGAUGAUCUUGACAGAUUUCUCGACACUGCAUCCGAGAUUUUUGAGUCCGGAAGCAGUGAUUUGAACAAGUCAAAAGUUGGAGAUUCUUGGGAUAUGAAAAAUAAACCUGACGGAUGGGAAACAACGGCCAAGGGUGAAGACGGAAACGUGUGGGAGAUGUCCCAAAGAGAAGAAGACAUUCUUGUUCAAGAGUAUGAACGUCGGAUUGCUUUCAGCAAAUUUCAGAUAGCUAGUUUUAUUAAGCAACAUAUAUUCAGUCGAAGGAGACCGAUUGAUGGUUGGAAGUACAUGAUUGAAGAAUUGGGGCCGAAUGCAAGAAGAGGAAGUAAAGGUAGCGUUUCAAGAUUACCGAGUCUUGCUGAUCCAGCCACUCAACCGUUUAAGGAGGACAAGCUACCGAUUUCCACCACUAACACAAGGGGAAGAUAGACUGAAUGCACUAUAAACCUGACGGAAGAUAGACUAAUUUGUAUGGGACUGUGUAUAUGUCACAACCUCCAGAAUCGUUGACUCGACUCCACCACAUCAUGUGCUUGUUGCUGAAGACACUUUAUGGCCUUAACCUGACAAGCUAUCUGCCACCCUUGUCACCUUUGGAUUCACUCAGCGUGUUUCAACCACCUCUCUCUUUGUCUACUAUCGGGAUUCCCUUGUUAUGUACCGGUAUAUGUUAAUAAUAUUACUAUCACCGGGAGUUUUUCGAAUUUUGUGACACAUUUAACUGACUACUUUAUCUUAUAUGCUCAUCUCUCCCUACAGUGAUAUUUACAUGAUCUUAUAUA